AUGAUUUUCGUGAACGGCGAGCGAUUCGCCUCCUACGCUCAUCGCAUCGACCCUCAUGAAGUCGGAGGUCUCCAGAUUCAAGGCGACGUUGAGCUUAGCGGAAUUCAGAUCGUUGGCAACUGA